UCUGUACACAACAAACACAAAAAAUGCGUAGCUAUAUGAUAGUCAUACUUGAUCGUGAUAUGUGAUUAUAUUGUGUGUGCCACAGCUGUUGUGACGUUGCACGCUCAUUUGUUAUAUCAUACGCAACUAAAAUAAAGAAUUAUAAUAAAAAAUUUUUUUUUUAAAAAGAGCACUAUAGCAUUAAGAUUAUAAUUAGUGUUCAGUGCAGACAAUGUUAAUGGAUGCCUGUGAAGGCCCAUACUUCAGUCAUCUAUUAACAUUCUCCUGCAGAGCAUGCUGGGAUACUGGGUAGAAUGGUGAUACAUUUGGUAUUAAUAUGUCUAGUACAAAGCAUUAAUUACAGUAUUAGAAGAUCACAAUAGGACAGUCACCUUAUGAAAAAAAGAAUUGUUAUGACGUGUAUAUGAUUGAAGAAGGCGAGAAAUGCCAAUAUAUGUGGUGUUCAUACCUGCUGAAGCAUGCCAAUAUGAAAGCUAUUUUACUUCAUUUUAUACAUGCAUACCUAACUUAACACUUUCUUGCAUCCCCAGGAAGACAUUUCCAUCCCAGCAUGCAACACUCUCUGCCUUUGCUGCAGUCUAUGUUUCAGUGAGUAUUUAUUGUUUCAUGUAGUUUGUUUUCUGAAAAUCAUCACUUGGACGUUACUGAAGGGAAAAAUAUCUUUCUAUCUCGUCUCUCCAAAUCAUCUGGAGACCACAUUCAUUAAUAAGCUGCUCCCAGCACACUUACACUAUCACUGCCAUCAAGGUUAGUCAAAGUCAAGUUUAAAUUACAAUCAUUUUUUUUCACUAAAGUAAUAAUUCAAAGUGAGUUAAAAAUAUAAAGGAAUACUAUAUCAUUAGGAAUACAAAUCUGUAUUCUUUUUUUUUUUUAUUUGACAAUUUUUUUUUAUUUUCUUAUCAACAAAACACAACGGGUGGGUAGAGUAGGGGUACAGAAAAAAGACGAGGGUUGGGGGUUGGGGUUGUCAUCCAAAGUUUCAGUAUCUGUAUUCUUAAUGCUAUAGUGUCCCUCUGCCUAGCUCUAAAUAGGUAGCCCACCCCACCCAGAGCAAAAAACAAAUUAAAUAAAUUUAAGUUUUACUUGCCUUAUUCUAUCGUUGAAGCCCCCUCGGUGCUGCUGACCCCUCCUGCUCCACUGACAUCACAGAGGAGGCAGGGCCUCAUUGAGGAGCAUUCAAUCAGCCCAGUCAAGGAGAUUCAAGGCUGCAAAUAUUUGUAGUUGAGUUAAUAGCGACAGGUAAAAAUAGAGAUUGGGUGCAAUUUGAGCAAAGUUUUAAAAAUGAGUUAAUUAUAAAAAAAACAAAACAAAACAAAGGCAGAUCUUCAAAAAAAUAUUUAAAAGCUGAAGCCCCAAUAUUGAAGAUUGACCAUAGGUACCCAGACCACUUGAUCUCAGUAAUGUGAUCUAUGUGUAGUCCCCUGUCAUUUUGACCCUGCAAUGUAAAAUAUUGCCGUUUUGUAGAAACGCUGGGCAAGGGUUUUCCGCUCCCCAUUGGACGUCCCAGUGUGUCACUGAAUUCUGUGGUCCAAUCAAAUGCUCUACCCAACCAGAACAUUCAGUAUAAGUUCCAAAGUCUGAGAUCUCUAUGUAGCGCCUGGACAAAGGGGGGCUAUUUGUCCUUAGAUCUAUAGUAGGUCUGUCAGUUGUGCCCUGAGAUAUGUUUGGAAAGAAGACUUCCAUUUAAAUUUACAGUUGAAUUUGAGUGGAAAGAGUGACCACAGGAUGAGGACGCGAGCCGAGACAUUUCAGGAGUCAGAUUUGGUUACAUUUAUAUCAUAGUCUGGCAGGUUUGAUAAUAUAUUUAAGUACAAGCUAAGACAAUGGUGAGAACUGUGUAUUAUUUUGUUACUUUUAUAAUACUCCAGGAAUAAAUGUACAUAUUUAGGGUAAGUCAUAACAAUUCAGUCUUGACAGUGAUUUCAUUUACCUAUAAAGGUCCAUGCCAUCAUAACAAGUUGUUCUUUGAAGGAUCCUAUUCUAAAAUGUAAGGAACACUCAAUUAUGGACUAUAGUGCUGUACAGAGCUGCCAAAUCUCAAUAAGCAGGAGAUACCUUGUUUGCAUAAGGCUUUUAGAGACAGUAAAUAAUGUAAUUGGCACUUAAGGAUCUAGCAUUUCUAAAGUUUGUGUCUGUCAUUAUGUACUAAUAAUAAAUUAUUGUAAGACUCUAAAGUCAUAUUGUAAGUGCUAAAAUACAAAUAAUCCAGCUAAUCGAGUUCCCAGUUCUAAACAAUAUAAUCACAGCAAGUUUAAACACCCAGGUUUGUAAACAGUACAUUCACCUUAGAGUCUCAGGGCCUCCUCUCUCCCUGUUAUCAGGUUCUCCCAUGCCUUAGGAGGCUGACCUUUUAAUACAGGCUAAUUAAAUUCACCUGAAAGGGCUGACUUCCACCUAUUAACCCCAUCAUGGUUGGAAAAGAGAGCGCUCCAACCUGCUACUGAUAUUGAAAGCCACAAAUCCUCCAACCUAGCUUAACACUGGUGUGUGAAGUGGCCUUGAUGAAAAGCCGUGCACUCUAGAUAAUGCAUCCCCACUAGCAUGUAGUAAACCAGCCUUGUGCUUACAAAGAAUUUAAACGGUUGCAAAGAGAGGAACCAACGUGUGACCUUAGCAAUCCUUUCUUUUUUGUUGUACAUCCACUCUCUGGAUUCCCCAUCAACCAUAGUCCCAUUCAUUUCUACAAUUUGGUUACAAACAUUUUGCAAUGCUAAAUCAUUGACAUGGUCCCUUCCGAAUUGAUUUGAGCCAAUGUCCAAAUCCACUAUAUUAGCCUGUUUUAGGGUUUGACCCUGGGGUUCAAUCAAUAUUCCUAUUAAAGGUGUGGAAUUUGUACUCGAGCCUGGUAAAGCCACACCUUCAUUACUUUUAGCUUUAUUUUUUGAAAGCCAUUUGUAAGUUCAUAGUUCCCCUAUCCUUAUCUUCCUUUCUUUCACACCUUGACUUGCACCUCUUACACUUAUCAUAAAACAAGUCAGAGUGUGUAAAUGGUAACAAACAAAAUGGGCUUUCCUUUAUGGACUCACCCUGGGUUUCAAAUAGGCUUUCAUAGCCUGGGAACUUUCGCCCAAGAAUAAGUGAAUGGGGCAAUUUAUGUGCAACUGCUGCCACUACUGGGAAUGUAUGACCAAGAUAACCUAUUUUCACAGAGGUAGAAGGAUAUAUUACAGUAUAGCUAUGUACACAGAUUACCCCAACCUUUUUUUCUGGGAGCAAUUGAGAAGGCUGAAUCAGACCGCUUGCCACUAGGGUAAUAUUACUCUCUCAGUCCACACGAGCGAACGUUGCCUUCCCAUUUAACAAAACAGUUUUAUCAUAUACACUUGUUUCGGUCCGUUUCUCCACCAAACAAAUCAGUCCACAUAAAGUUCAAUAGUCCUCACUUAUAGAAUUAUACCCACAUUCCAUGGGUUACUGCAAAUGCGGAAACCCAGCUUUUAUGUGUCCUAGCUCUGAUCCUGGUAUUUCCAAUUGUAGAACUGUUGGGCAUGGAUCACUGAAGUCAUGCCUCUCCAUUCAAGAAUCUCUGAUUUAAGUAUAUCAUCAUGGCAGCUACCAUUUUCUGUAGGUCAAAGUAGGCUUUUUGAGUAACUAUGCUGGCCCGUUGAGAGUGAAGACAUUGCUCUCUGUUUGAAAUUCACUCAAAAAAUAUGAGAUAGGCUUCGACGUCAACUUGCGGCUUCAUCUUUUGCAGAUACUGUUUUGCAUGGAUUGGUUUUUGUAGCGGAGUAGAAGUAUAAACUGCAUUUUCUCCGCUGGUAGACGUAAUCAGCAUACAAAUAAAGGGUAGCAUAGUACUUCCAAUCCCAUUCCCCAACAAGUGGACGAAACACAGUUUUGGGAGUCAACUGAACUUUUAUUGAACCACAGCCAGCUUUAUACAAAUCCCCAUGGAAGGAGUUUCCUUAAUGACAUUCCAGGGGUUUUUCCCUGGAGGACCUUGUGGAAGACUGGGAACAAAGUUAAAUUUCCCAUGAUCCUUUUCUGUACUGGGAAGGUAAUUGCGUAAGAACACUUCUUUAAUUAAAUUAUCUCCCAGUACAAAACAUUAAACAACAUUUUAAAAACAUAGUAACUCAUAUAACAUUUAUCAGAACUCCACGAAAGACACUUCACUGAAUAACUGGGAUCUGAGCGCUCAAUCUGUCGAAAUACCGCUCAGAUCCGUUUGGUAGAACAGAAAAUCAAUAUGAGUGAAGUUUUGGACCGGUUAGCCACGAGGUAAAGUCCAAGAUUAGUUCCAGGCAAUUGGAGGCUUUGACCGGUCUCCUUUCGGGAGUUCAUACGAAUAAAACAGAUGAAUGCAUAUACUCAUAAGCUGGGUAGUUGUGUGUCUGGAGGUUGGUGGUUUCAUUUAGGCGAACGCCGCUCUGUUUUGACGAACGGAAGUACAUGUACAAAUGAGAUGGAAGUCCAGCGGUGUUUGUGAGGUCGAUUUUAGUUCCAUGCAUUCGAUGACCAAACACCGCUGGGCGUUCAUGCGCUAAGAUGGCCGCCUCCACGUGUUCAUUCAUAUGAACGGCGACCACCCAUCAGACCAUUAUGAUCUUGCGGUUUCCACAUGUUGCAAAUUCUUAAUUAGAGACACACGACUCCACUGUGUGGUCUCUCAUUCGGUAGUUUGUUCAACUUCACGAACAAGAUGUCCAUGUUCUGUCCGGGAAGUCAAAAUAGACGAACCAACUUAAUCUUUUACACAAGAAGUGGCUAGUUUUGCCACAGUUUUGAACUGCUGCUUUGCUCAUCUGUGGUAGUUUAUGAGAGUUGUUGCACAAUCACUUUCAUGACAGUCCUGUCCUCUUACUGUGCCUCCAACACAGCCCCCAUUUGAGCAGUUAUCAGCCGGUUAGUUUCCUGUUACAUAGUGGUAGCAUACAGUAGGGUCUUUAAAACAUCCUCCAUGUUGAUCAGAGAUGUACCUAGGGUCUCCUGCACCCCCUCCCCCUUCCACACAUGCACACACCUUAUCAUGAAAAGUAAACAUUUUGGGGUUUAUCUUUCUUUAUAUCAAUUUCAAUUAUUUUCUAUUGUCUGCAUUUCUAUAGUGAGCAUAGUACUCUCAUAUGAGCAUAGUAUUCAAAUGAGAUUUAAGCAUGUGAGUGAGAUUUCACUCAGAGGACUUGACCCAGGACUUACCCAGCACAGAUAUUGAACUCACAGGACUUGUCCUAGCUCUCGUGAUUUACCCCAGAACCGAGAUUGCACUCACAGGACUUGACCAAGUACCCACCCCAGUACUUAGAUUGCACUCACAGGACCUUCCCCAGCAGCCACCUCAACACUGAGAACACAAUUACAGGACUUGCCAAGCACCCAGGAUUUACCCUGGCAUUUAGAUUGCACUCACAGGGAUUGUCCCAGCACCAAGGACUUACCCCAGCACCCAGGACUUACCCCAGCACUGGGAUUGCACUCAUGGGACUUGCCCAAGCUCUCAGGACUUACCCCAGCAUUUAGAUUGCACUCACAGGGCUUGUCCUAGGACUUUAAACAGCCUCCUGCAUGCACUAUGCAGAAGAAAAAGAUGCCGGAUAUGAGAUUUGGGCGGCAACAAAGGUAACAUCACAUUGGCGUAGAGAGUGCUCUAUCAAUCUCUUGUGACCAUAUCUGCAUCUCACCACAACCAAAUGUUUAAAGGCUGCAUCCCACAGAGGCCCCAAAUAGGAGUCUUUACUGGUGUCACUACAUUUUUUUUUUAAGCUAACAAAUACCUUGGUUGUGAUCGAUGAACUCAGGCUGUCUGAGUAUAAUGGGGACUGCAUGUGAUGUAUUUGUGUGUGGUGUUAUUGAGCUGUGUACAUGUGAUGGAGACUGUGUGUUAGGAUUGGGCUGGCUUUGUGUGAUCAUUUUGUGCUAUCAAUGUGUGAUGGGGACUGCUUGUGAUGGUUUGGAGCUGGCGACUGGGUUUGUCUUUGUAUGAUAGUAAUAACCCCUGAUGAGUAUAUAGCAUCAUUUAACUGUUCAUCUGUGCUGCCUGUGACCUGUAUAAAAGUUAGUGAAUCCUAAACAAACUAAAAUUACUUGUUUCAUUCUCAUGCGCACAAUAUGUAAUCCUGAAUACAUACAUUUAAUUUACUCAAAAGCUUCACUUCACGUUACUUACUGUCUCAAUAGUAACAGCACUGUCUGGAUGUCCGCUCCGCUCACUCCCUCAGCAAAAUGCAGUCCCAGCCAGGUAGGCAUGGUGUCACACUAGAAACCUUGGGGCCCCGGUGUGAAUAUUGCCCUGGGUCCCCCAUACGUCUCACUACCUCCUCCCACCCCCACCCACGCCCCUCAAUGUGUCUCAUUCAUACAAGCAUACAUACAUGCAGAUACACACCAUUUAACACAUACAGAUACACAGAUACAUACACAUACACACAUACACACACGCAAAUGCAGACACACAAACUAACACACCGAUACACAUACAUAUAUAUACACACAAACACACAUGCAGAUACACAGAUACACAGAAUUACACACUUUGAGAUAAACAGAAUGACACUCCUAUAGAUACAAACAUUGACACAAAUACAUAUACACAUACAGACAGACACACAAUCACAAGAACAAACAUUCAAAUACACAGAAUGACACUCAUACAUAUACACACAUACAGAUACACAGGGCAUGCACUGACAUACAGAUAUGCAGACAAACAGAUACACAUGCAGACACACAUACACACAGAAACAAACACAUACAGAGACACACAUACACACACACAGAGAUACACACAUACAAAGACACACACACCUACAUGCAUACAGAGACAUACACACACAUACAGAAACACACACAAACACACAUGCAAAAUUGUUUAUUAACCCUCCUGUUUCCUACCUUUUAGAUGCAGGAGGGUGACUUCCCUAGGGUACAGUGGUGGCUCAGGCUCUGACUGAGCCACUCUGACUCCCUCCUCUCCUUCCUCCUCCCACACAGGCUCGGUAAUUGCUGGGAGGCGUGACCGGGGCAUUCACUUCCUCCCUGCUCAGUCUGACAUCAUCACAGGGGGCCUGGUCAGCUGUUAAAACGCUGCAGCACUGACUGGCCCCCCUGGAUAUAUUAGCUGCCAUCGGGUGGCCCUAACAGCAUGGGCCACUCGAUGGGACCCUGAACUUGCCACCCCAGCGGUUCUACCGCACGCGCCAGGGCCCCAACAUAUGGCAGUGGGCACCCGGUCGCAGGGGUCUGGAGUGACAGCCCGGUCGCAGCUGCGACUUCAGUAGCUCAGCCAGUGGUGUCACACUAUCAGCUCCGCUCACUCCCUAGUCUCUCUGCAAUCUACAGGCAGGGUAAGGUGUGACUGCACUCUCUGCUCGCUUCUACCCCCAUUCCAUCCAUGUCUCUUCUUCAUUCCCUUCCAUCCAUGGCUCUGUUCCCCUCCUUUCCAUGUUUUUCUCCCCACUUCAAUCCAUUUCUCUCCUCCCCCAUGUCCAUCCAUAUCUCUUCCCGCAUGCCAACCCCCCUUCCAUCUAUAUCUCUCCCCCAUGUCAACCCCCAGUUCUAUCUAUAUCUCUCCCCUCAUGCCAACCCCCACCCGUUCCAUCUAUAUAUCUCCCCUCAUGUCUCCCUCCCCUUCCAUCCAUAUCUAUCCACCCAUGUCAACCGCUCCCCUUCCAUCCAUAUCUCUCCCCCAAUGGCAACCCCCCCUUCCAUCCAUAUCCCUCCCCUCAUGUCUCCCUCACCCUACCAUCCAUAUCUCCCCCCAUCCUUCCAUAUUUCCCUCCCACAUGCCAACUUUCCUCUUCCAAAUGUUACGCAACAUCCUGUGACGUUGUGCAUAAUUAAUUAUGCAAAUCAGCAUGGUCGUAUUUUCCACCUCAAGAAAGGUGGCAACCCUAUGUACUGGAGGUAAAACAUGGCUGGGAGAGGGUGUUGUGUAUGUGUAGGCUGUCCGUGGUGCUGUGUGAGGGAAGGUCACUUGUGUUGUUUGUGUGUGCGGGUGGGUUGCAUAUCAGGCUGCUUGUGGUGUAUUGUGUGUAUGGCGAGGAUUAUUGUGCAUGGAAGUACUAAUGUGUGUGUAUGGAAAGGGACUGCAGUUAGUGUGGGGUGGGAUGGGGUCAGCAGUGUGAAGGGGGGAUGAGGGCGGCAGUGUGUGCGUAUUGAGACUUUAUUUUUUAAAAGCAUUAAAAAAAAAAAAGAAAAAAUAAAAAAUAAUUAUAAGAACCAAAAAACAAACAAACUUGUAAAGAGAUUUAUUCUUCGUCCUUACCUUAGCCCAGUGGCCUACAUAUCUGCUCUGUACCCCAGGGAGUGUAGACCACAUCCAUUACUCCACCUGGCCAUAGUGAAUCAGAGUGAUGCUGUUAUAACCCUUGGAAACGCUCUCUAGGGAUCUAUGCACUUGGUCUGCACCUGCUGUAACAUGCUCUUGAUUGAAUAUGGAACAACUAAAUACUAAGGAUUCCUUUAGAGUAAUUCCAAAACACCAUCCCAAAAAUGUAGCAUAUACUAGAAUAUUGCACUGAGCUAUAAUAUGGCAUAAUAUUAUCAUUGUAAUUUCUUCCAGAUGUACUUUAACUCAAUCAUCUCAGACAGCACAAAACUUCUGAAGCCAUUGCUGGUUUUCUCUUUCUCGAUUGCGGCUGGAGUGUGUGGACUGACUCAAAUCACCCAGUACCGCAGCCACCCCGUCGAUGUCUAUGCAGGGUUUCUUAUUGGAGCAGGAAUUGCAGCCUACCUAGUGAGUAGUAAGGGCUAUAUUCAAUAAUUGUUUUGUUUUUUUCCCUUUAUUUUACAAUGCAAUAUGUUCACAUAAGUGAAAGUCCUAUUUAUGAAUGCCUUAAAAAAAAUACCUUAAAUGCAAUAUUGGAAAAAGUGGACAAUAGAAAUAAAAAAACAAACUGUUUUACCUCAUGCACAACAUGAGUCCUUAAUCUGAAAGAGUGAAACUGUAAAAUGUUACUGCAUUUGGAGUAAAUUAUAGUUCACAUUAAAGGGACACUCCAGGCACCCAGACCACUUCUGCCCAUUGGAGUGGUCUGGGUGCCAACUCCCACCACCCUUAACCCUGCAAGUGUAAUUAUCGCAGUUUUUAUAAACUGGAAUAAUUACCUUGCAGGGUUAAGUCCUCCUCUAGUGGCUGUCUAUCAGACAGUCACUAGAGGGACUUCCGUGUUCUUAGAACACGAAAAGUGUUUUAAACGACGCUGGACGUCCUCACACUAUGUGAGGACCUCCGGCGUCGCCGAAAUCCCCAUAGGAAAGCAUUGAAUAAUGCUUUUCUAUGGGGUGGUCUAAGGCCUGACCCAGCGCUGAGGGACAUCGGAGCUGGACUCCGGUAAGUCGCUGAAUGGGUUUUAACCCCUUCAGCAACUUUGAAUGGGGGUGGGAGGGAGAGGGACACUGUAGGGUCCUGCAGUGCCAGGAAAAUGAAUAUGUUUUACUGGCACUGGAUAAUCCCUUUAAGUGGCCCACCAAAACCAGUAUAAAAACAAAUUCCAUUUUUUUAGAUCAGAUACCAUGGUGGAUCAACGAGAGACAGGAUGAUUAAAAUACUUAAAGGUCAAUGCAUUAGGCCUAGGAUUAAGGAAAAUUAAGCCUAAAAUUAGUAAGACAUUUGAUCAUCCUGGAUUUUUUGAACUUCCGUUGUAUUUAGGUUUUGACCCCUCAUUGAGAAGAACCACAAUUUAAUCCUAACGCAGCAGAAUUUUACAGUUUCACGAUUUUGGAUUAGCGUUCAGUUUUGACAGUUUUCUUGUUUUGAAAUCCCAACUAACUUAAUUUGUUUGAAACUUUGUUUUGGGGAUCAAUUCAGUGGAAAUGUACUGCACUAAAGAUACCAUUGAGUUUCAUUAGUAUUUAGCUACCUUGUAGGGAAUGGCAAAAGAAAAUACUUUUGCUCAGCAUUAUUUGUUGUUAUCAAUGUAUAACAUUAGAAAUAAUAUAAUAAUUUCUCAUUGAUGUGUUAUCUAUAAAUAAUGUCCUACACGUAUACCGAAACCUACACGUAUUUAGUAUCAAUGUACUCAGAACGACACGUCAUUCUAGUACACAUGUGCCUAUGGACAGGCUGCUCAUACAUUGAAGAGAUUGCUUAUGGGCUUGAAAGUCAAGUCCUGAAAAUGUUUAAACAUGCUUAAAUGGCACCUUACAUCAGCCCACCCAACACAAGUGAAGGAGCUUGUUGGACAAGUAACUAGGAGGACUGUUUUGAGAUUGUAUUGUUAUUUGACAAAUCUGCAAGUUAAAAAUAAAGACCGAAGGUAGUCCUCAUUUUAGAAAUAUAUGCUAUAUGGAAUUUUACUAUGUGAGGCAACUUUUGCUUUUAAACUAUCAGGUACAUUUAAUAUGGAAUUUGGUAUGAAAAUCUGUCAUACAAAUAUUACACUUGGAAGUCAGUAAAAAGAUUUGUGAUAUUUACAUUCACACCUCACAAGUUCACUUCUGAGUAUAACACAGCUAAGUCAACGGAUCAAUAUUCCUGGCAUUAGUGCAGUGUUUGUACAAUAUUAGAUAAAUAAUGACUUGUUUGCAUGCAACUGCAAACAGUGAAACAUCUUCGCUGUUUGUAACUGUAACACAAAAAGUGUGUUAAAAAACAUUUGAAAACUAUAUUUGUGUAUGGGAUUAUGAAAGGGACGUGUACUUAAAGUGAGUGUUGUUUUGAUAAACAAGAGUCGGUUGAGGUGUGCCGUAACCGACAAGAGGGGUUAGGCCUGUAAAAAAGAGGGCCCACCUGGAUAGAUUGAUAUGAAAAGAGGGUGUGGUGGGAGGGGAAUUUCUGGAAUCGACGAAGACAGGUAAGCAAGGGGUUUACUGGGUUAUAUAGGCCAUAAAUCUCUCCCACAACUUCAGGCAUACGCCUUCUAUAUACCCCAUAAUGUAGCAAUAAACAUGUGCCAGUGAAAUUAUUACUUUCAAGUAUCAAAUAAUGCAGUCCUAAAAAAAAUAUACGUCCUGAAUGGGCAACUUUGGAAGUAAUAACAACUUAAAGGGUUACUCUAAUUAUCAUAAUCACUACAGCCCACUGUAGUGCUUAUGAUGCAAGAAGUACUCUGGGCUGGUUUCCCAGUAAUGGGGAAAACAAUUUAGCAACAGUGUGUCUAGAUAUCUAGACUUAUUUAGAUCCCCAUCAGGUUCCGAUGUCCUCUGAUGGUCCGGUGAUGCGCUCCUGUCUUCUCCAGAGCCCUGGAAGCUGCGGCUGUCACCAUUCAUUGGCUGAAAGUGAAAUGACUGACAUUCUGUGCAAGGAAUGUUAAACAGAAUUGAUAUGAGCCAGCUGAAAACUCUUUAUUCAUGCUGGCUGAUGACACUCCAAUGACUGCCGGUGGUGAAGUUUCAUAGUGAAACACUGCACUCAAAGACUCCAUGACCACUGAAAAUCAAUCAAUCAACUGGUGCUUAGAGUAACCCUUUAAGUUUUGUUAAGUAUUACACAGCCUACUAAUAUGUUGUUUAGGCUAUAAAGGUCUUAGCCAAAUGUCAUAUACAUUGGAAAAAAGUACUCCUAGAAGUUGAGUAUUUGACUCACAACUGAAGUACCCAUCAAGUAGCAGAGGCUUUACAUAUAUCUCUGCUGGCCCAGCUUGCAGUAGUAGACAGUAAUUGGGUGCUUUGCAAAGGCACUAUUCCCAGAUAAUCCUUAUAUCUUGGUGAUGUCAUUAUACAUAUUACAGGGCAAGUCUUGUCCUGACAAUGAAGUCAGGAGAAAUAAGCAGGUUUUUUAUUCAACCAUUCAGAAGCAAUUUGUCAGAAAUUAGAGUGAUGGCAACAUAUCCACUUCAAUGACAGGCACAUUAAAGAUCUACUGCCAUUAAAGUUUUAAAUCUGGAAAAGUGUUUUUAACUUUUUGUCUAUGUGAGUGUAACAUGUGUUACAUGGUCCUGAAAAGUGUUUUUAAAGGUGUAAAAUUUAUUCAAGAUCUGAACUAUUAUAUAAUCUCUCUGUCCUUUAUUUAGGCCUAUCAUGCUGUAGGUAAUUUCCAGGCAUCAUGUGAAGACUCGUCUUCACCAACCACAACCACCAAGGACCCUCUACGAGCACUGACCCAGCGUGGUCAUGAGUCUGUUUAUCAUCAGAACAAGUCAUCAAGCACUGAUGAGCUUACACCUCGUCCACGAAGCCAGAGUACCCAACGCCAGGUGAGUUAGAGUCUUUGCCAUCUUUCUCUCAUCCAUGUUGUACUUUUUUUUGUUAAACGACUUGGUGGAUGCUAUUCAUGAACUAAUCUCCUGUAAAAUAAAUACCUUUUUAUUAUAUAAUUUCAAUUUCCUAUAGUCCCUGUGCCCUUUGACCAUAUCUUUCUAACAUCUGGAAAACAUUCACUUGUUCACUAGUCUCUAAUACUAGUCUAUGGUUUGUUUCUGGGGUUUUUUUUCCCCUUAUUCCAUAAGCAGAUGUUGCAGUUUUGAGUUUCAGUGUCACUCAUUACCACAAACAAAUCUACCUAAUGCCCAGCAAUCUGAUAGCAUCUAUAUCAUUUUAUUAAUGUCCCUAUUCACAGUUUUGUGAACAAUUCUGCUAACAGCAUUGCCUCACUCACACACUGUACCUACACACAACAUGGACAAAUCUUGGAUGACAAGAGGAGUAAAACACCCUUGUUUUACAUUACUGGGAAAGGGCUUAUGGGUGCAGAGAUCUUUACUGAUGUGGGCGGGAAACUAUUUGCACUAUGCAAUGAGCAGAAGUUGUUAUUGUACUUAGAGUGACCACUAUAAUGAUUCAUUCCUUCCUAGAAAUCUGUAACAAAACCUAAAUACACAAAUACAGACCAAUAGUGUGUCUCUGUAAUUAGAAGACAUCAAGGAAUUGCCUUAAAAAUAAAAAGUGAAAAAAGGAACAUAUUCAGUAGCUAAAGACAGCAGGUCUGUGUAAAGUGGAACCAUUACCCUAUUAGAGAUUUCUAGCUAGAUAGUUCUCUCUCCAUCCAUUAUGUCAUCCCUUCUGUGUUCACUGUGUUUUGCCCACUGACGUACCUACCACGGUCGCCGGGGGCGCAGGUGCGACCGGGCCCCUCACUAUAGUGGCCCACGUCCACAGCCGCGACCCCUGCGACCGUGGGCCGCCUGGAUACCUUAUGGGACGGUGCACAGCGAUUUCUGGAUGGCUGGCAGGAGGGGAGAGAGAGAAAGGGUAUGGCAUACAGGGAGGGGUGGGGGGAGAGAGAGAAAGGGUAUGUUAUACAGGAGGGGAGAGAGAGAGGGUAUGGGAUACAGGAGGGGGAGAGAGAGAGUAUAAGGGACAAGGGAGGAGGGGGGAGAGAGAGACAUACAGGGAGGAGGGGGGGAGAGAGAGAGGUAUGGGGGGAGGGGUGGGGAGAGAGAGAGCGGAUACAGGAGGGGUGGGAGAGAUAGAGAUACAGGGAGGGUGGGGGAGAGAGGGUAUACACAGGAGGGAAGGAGAGAGAGAGAGGGGUAAGCACAGGAGGAGGGAGGAGGAGAGAGGAGGAUAUGGGAGUAGGAGGGGUGGGGGAGAGAGAGAGGGGACACAGGAGGGUAUGGCCACGGGAGGAGGGAGAGAGGUAUGGACACAGGAGGGCAGGGAGAGAGAGAGAGGAUACAAGGAGGGAUGAGGGAGAAAGGGAUGGAUAUGGGAUCUGAGGAGGAGGGAGGAAGAAGGUAUGGGAUACAGGGAGGGAAGUGGGGAGGAAACAGAGGAUACAGGGAGGGAAGGGGGAGAAAUUUGGGAGGGACACAGGAGUGGAGGGAAGAAAUGCAGGGUAUAGGGACACAGGAGUGAGGGGAGAAAUGCAGGGUAAGGGACACAGGAGAGGGGGGUGAGAAAUAGAGGUUGAUAGGACAGGGAGGGGUAGAGAGGAAGAAAUGGUACACAGGGAGGGCAGGGAGGAGAAAGGGAACAAUUGGACACAGGGAGGGGAGGGGGGAGAAAGGGAACAAUGGGACACAUUGAGGGGAGAGAGUGAGGGUAUGGGACACAGUAAGAGGAGGAUGGAGAGAUGGAGGGUAUGGGACACAGGUAGGGGAGGCAGGAGAGGGGGAGAAAUGGGACACCUGGAGGGAAGCGGGGAGAGAGGGAACAAUGGGACACAUGGAAGGGAGGGGAGGAGUUAGAGAGGGUAUAGGGACACAUGGAAGGGAGGGGAUGAGUUAGAGAGGGUAUAGGGACACAUGGAAGGGAGGGGAGGAGUUAGAGAGGGUAUAGGGACACAUGGAAGGGAUGGGGAGAGAGGGCAGAAUGGGACACAUGGAGGGGAGAGGAAGGGGGAGCGAGGGAGGGUAUGGGACACAGGGAGGGGAGAAGGAGAAAUAGGACACAUGGAGGCACUGGGAGGGGCUAAAGGGAGAGGGAAUGGGACACAUGAAGGGGCUGGAGGAGUAGAAGCCUAUGGGACACAUGGAGGGGCUGAGGGGGGAGAGGGAGUGGGACACAUGGAGGGGCUGUGAGGCAGAGGGAAUGAGACACAUGGGGGGGCCUGGGUGCCUAAAUGAGACACGGGGGGGGGGGGAUGAGGCACAUGGGAGGGGGGCCCCAGGGCAAUUUUUGCACCAGAACCCAGUGGAUUCUAGUUACUCCUUUGGUUUAGCCAUUUAUGUUUGUGUAUAGAAUCUACUUAUUAAGUGUCUAAUAAAUUCCUUUUUUACUUAUUUAUUUUAAGUCAAUUACUUGGUGUGUUCUCUAGGCAGGGACACACUAUUACUCUGUCUGUGUGUUUUGCAUUACAAUAGGGUUAUUUCCUGAUUAUUAGGAUAUUGCCUGGGCUGGUCAUCUAACCCCUUAAAGGCAUUCAAGUUUUCUGUACAUAACCUGGCAUAAUAUUGACAUAUUAUGGCAUCUCAGUUCAGCUACUGAAAUAGACUUGCCUCUAUUUUAUCUACUUAAAUAAUGUAUUUUGUUUUCCAAUGCCAGGUUCAACGCGAGAAAAAUUCUCUGGGGAGCCUCAAGCGGGCCAGCGUGGAUGUGGACUUAUUAGCCCCCAGGAGUCCAAUGGGUAAAGAGAACAUGGUGACCUUCAGCAACACACUCCCACGGGUAAGCACCCCAUCCAUGGAGGACCCUGCCCGCCGUCACAUGACAAUACAUGUCCCUGCUGAGGGCUCCCGUCCACGUGGAACGGGUCCUGAAUGGAAGCCAAAACCUUUAGAAGGACGUAGCCUGACACUGGGUGAAGAAGUGGCACUAGCACAAGCCCACAGACGGGCAGCCUCUGAGACAUCGGGCAUUGCUCUUGAUGAUGUAGACCCUGAUCGAGCACCACCUUCACUUUAUCCCACAGUGCAGGCUCGGACAGGGGCUCCACGGGUUCUUAUACAACCACGUCCUGCAGCACCACCCUUACUGCACAUCCCUGAAGAGAAUCCAACAGGCUCCCCCAAAGGCAGUUCUGCAAUUAGAGCCAAGUGGAUGAUGAUGGCAGAAAAAGGUGGUCCACCACGGGCUGCAGCCAAUGCUCCAAGACUCAUGCAGGUCAUUGCUUUGUCCAAGCAGCAACAACAGCAAACAGCUCUUGGAUCUAGUACCCCCAAACAUUCAGAAACAUCAUCCUCUUCCACCACAAGCAGCUCUGACUCUUCCCAGUACCGCUCACCAUCAGACAGAGACAGCUCUAGCAUUGUUACCAUAGAUGCACAUGCACCCCAUCAUCCUGUCGUUCACCUCUCGUCAGGCAAUGGACCUUGGGAGUGGAAGGCUGGACCAAAGAGCAGUGAGGCUCAGGAAGGAGGAACCUAUGAACUUGGUAAGGAAUAUCGUGGCUACAGGACCCCUAAAGGGGCUGGUGUGUCUCCAGGGUCCUCCAUCAGUGACUUGGAACCAGACCCAGAACCACGAUAUGGGCCUACUGUCAAUGUUGCUGGCGGAGUACCCACACCAUUAGUGGGAGAGGGAAUUUCAGCUAGUAGGGAUGCUAGUCUCAGGAGGAAGCCACAGAUAGCUGAAAGGGAAGGAAGUGAAGAGAGUGAAGAGCCAUUUUACAAGAAGCUCCAGAACCAGAGGUUCAAAGACUAAGAGAGGAAUUAAAUGAUGUAAAUACAUGGGCAUGCUUAGGACAGCAAUAUGACAGUACAAAGAGAAGCAGCAAAUCACUGCCCAAUACAAUUUCGUGGGAAAAUAAUGCCUUCUGUGUACAUGCACCCAAGAUGUAAAACCAUGAGUUGAAUUCCUAUGCCGGAUUAUCAUCUCGAUUGCAAUUGCUUUCCAUGGUUCUACUAAAUGACGUUACAAAAAAAGGAAAAAGUUAAAUAACAUCAAUGAAGGCUUGCAGUUUUCCACAAAGUUUGCCCAGGAAUCAACAUCGAUAGCUAUUCCCUUUAACUUUUUUGUUAUUGUUCCUAAGAAACGUUAGAAAUCCAACAAUCAACAGGUUUGUUGGAAAAAAUGUAUUUCAUUUAAGUAGACACAAUUCACUUUCCAUCAAAUUGGACCAUAACAGGAUAAUAUGACCGCUGUGGAAGGACGGGUUCAUAUUGGUGUGAUUUGUGACAUGAUAUAAGCUGCAAAUUAGUAUUUGUUUUUACUGACAAAUGCAUGUAAUUUAUACUGCAGGCUGUAUGGGAAGGCAAUUUUAGGAAGAUUAUAUUAAAGAAAUUGAGAUGUGGAUUUGUAUUAUAACAAAAAUGGAUGCAAAUCAAAAAAUCCUUUUUUCCCCCUUUUUUUUGCUGGCACUUCAGGGGGUUUGUAUCUCAGCUUCUUCAGAUCUUCUAGCAAGGAAGAGAUUAAUCAAAAUACACCUAAGUGAUUUUUUUUAAUUUAUUUUUUACUUAAUAAUGCCAUAUACUUGGUGAUUCUGUGAUCUGUGGAAAUUUCUGUUUCAGCUGAGAAUGGAAUGUUUGGUAAAUUAGUAAAGAUUCUAGAAUUAAAUGUCUCAUUGUGGACUUUUGCAGUUAAGUUAAAAAAAAUAAAAAAAUAAAAUUAUUUGACUGUAUCGUAUUUAAAAAAUCUGGUGCUGUGUCCACACACAACUUUCAGGGACUCAUAUUGAAUUGUUUUGGGUUUAUCAAGAAUUUUGAUGAAUAGAUAAGUUUUCGGUUAUAUAAAAUAUUUUAACAAAUGUUACGCAAGAUACAAAUGUGUCACCAGACCUCGCAACAACUUGGCCAAUCCAGCAUACCUAUACAGGCACAAAAUAUUUAAUAUCCCUUACAUGAAAUGUUUUGUAAAUUGUACAAUUUUAAAUAAAG